UCUUGUUUAACCUGGUUUAGAGUAGGUGAUAUCGUUUCUAAAGCGAAGGACUGAAAUUUCAUCUGCAUGAACUCACAGACAUGUUAUUCGAGCUGCAAUAGUGUGUAAAGAAUGGACACCAAAACACCUCCAGACAUUAACAAGACCUGCUUCUCUUCCUGCUAACCCCUUGUCUGAUGACUGUUAUUCACUUUUAUAGCUUUGAGUCAGACGAAAAAAGAAGCAUGGAUGAGGAAGAAUCAACUGGAAAUUUUGCAAAGCAUAAAAACAUCAAAUUGUUUCUCAGAUAGCUAUUUAUGAGAGCAGUAUGACGAAGAGAUGUUAUUAGUAGACACAAACAGAUCCACUAGCAAACGUACCAUAGUUAUUUCACUUUUGCUUUGCUGCACACUGAAACCAAUUUGAGGUAGUGAAAACUUUGAUAACGGAAAGAGAACAGUGUUAGGUCAAGCAGCAAACUUUAGAAAGCUAGGUAGGUGGAUUUGAUUUAGAUCAAAGUGAUAUUAAUAUAAGUCAAACAGAAUACUGGAGGUGCGCAAAGAUGGAUUACAGUGAAAAUACUCUCUGUGGAGUUGGAGAACUGGAGCUGGAUCCAGAUAUUGUGAGCGAGGAGGCGGGGAAACUAUACUCAGAACUACAGUUGGUGGUGGAGUCUCAUGGUGCUGGUGUGGUGGAGUCCCUUCUGCCCAUUCUGGUGUGGGUUCUGGAGGGGCUGGCGAGCUCCAGGGCUCAGCUGAGAGAGAGAGAGGAGGAGGCAAAGAAAGAGAAAGGAGAGAUGGAGGAACUGCUGGAGAGAUAUCAGAGCGAGAAGGCGCUGAGGAGGGAGAGCCAGGAGCGCUAUUUGGAAUUGGAUGAUCAGUUUGAGCAGGAGAGGAGGGCAAUGCGAGCAAGAGAAAAGGAGAGAGAAAAGCGUGAGAGAGACCUGGAGAAUAAAGCCAGAGAGCAAGCGGACCAAUUGGUGGCUCUGGAAGAGCAGAAAGCAAAUCUGACUCGAGAACUCAACUCACUGAAACACACACAUAACAAGUUAGUACUGUCACAUCGAGAGUUGCUAGACAAGAGAAAAGAAUGGGAGAGCGAAGCCCCUGCGUUCAGGAAUCAUGCCCAUGGCAGAUACACAGAUGAUGUUUCUACAGAAGCUCAAACCGAAACCACCAUUGUUGAAGAGCAUGGUCCAAAAGAUGGCGGGGUCUUAGAAAUGAUGGUUUCUAACAGCAAAGUUACAGACACUGAGGCUAACCAUGACACAGAUCAGAUAUUCAUCAGUGACAUCAUAAGCUCCACCCCUGAGCUGGCCUAUUUGAAGGGACUCGUUGAAACAAGCUCCCCUGUUUGUUCCAAGACAGGUAGUUCUGAAUCCAGUUCAAGUUUGUUUGAUGAGAUCAGUCAGGUCCAGGUGAAGGAAAAGGAGGGGAACGAUGACCAGAAGGUGAAUGAAAAAACAGAAGAGGAGGAAUUAGCAGAUGAUGACACGAGUAGCUUAGACUGGAACUUGAGGAAUACUGACUCUUUAUAUUCGGAGUUAUCUGAACUCAGCCGGGAAUAUGUGGAAAGUGUGGACCAGGGGGCCAGUGUCAGAGAUAACACAGACCAGUUUGAGCAGAUUCUUUCCCAUUAUGAGGAACUUAAACGCACCCAUGAAAUGGUGGAUGCUGCUCGUAAGGCCCUGAUUUCCCGAGUUGAAGAGCUGACCAAUGAGAGGUCUGCCCUGAAUUUGGAACUUGCUUCCUGUUGUGAAACCAUCACCCGACUGGAAGGAAAAACCAAAGAGAUGGAGGAGGAAACGAAACGACUACGAAAGGAGCUGGACACAGUCCAAACUGAGGACCCUGAUGCGUCUCUGCCCACCUCCCUCCGUCGCUUUUCACGUUCCGAAAUGGCUCGAGUUGUCAUGGAGAAGAAUCAGUACAAAGAGCGUCUCUUCGAAUUACAGGAAGCUGUGCGGCGCUCUCAGGCUUUGAAAGUAAAUAAAGAAGAACGCAUCCCUGUUGAAGGAAAGGGAAGUGUCUGGAGCAGGUUUAAUCGUUUUCUGGGGCUGACUAAGGGUCCAUUAGUUCCAGCCACAGCUUUAGCGUUAACCGCCUCCCCCACAACAGGUUCACAACAAACACCAGGGGAUUCUCCACAGCAACACUCCAUGAGACAGGCCCAAACAGAGAGCACUCCAUCUCCCAGAUUACGCAAGAGAGAGCUGUAUAGGGAGAUCCGUUCUCACGUGUGGGGAACUCUGGGUAAAAAACAGCUCCACGGCUGGAGCAUACCUCUCGCUGUUACAAACAUAAAGGACUGUGACCCUUCUCCCGAACCUAAAGAUGUGCCCGUCCUCAUCCACCUGAGACUGCUGGAUCAGAGAGAUGCUACAGCCAAGCUCACAUGUGCCAUCGCAGUCCCUCCAGACAUGUCAGGAGAUCAGACGUGCUCUGUGUGGGCCAUCACUGGACCUGCGUCUAGAAGUGAUGUCACAGUGAUCGACCCAGCACGCUCCAAUACCAUUCUGGAUCAGUUCAGCCUUCCACCCAACUCCCCUGCCUUAUGCAUCUGUGCUGUGCCCUCUAUAGGUGAUACUGCCGGAACCGUGUGGAUUGGAACACAAGAUGGAAGUGUGCUGAUCCAUUCAGCGUCCAUCUCACGUCGCCUCUGUUUGCAGUCUGUCUGUCUUUCCGAGGGGGUGCACUCCUUGACGUAUUCUCAGGGUGAGGUGGUUGCAGGGUUUGCCAAUGGGACUCUUGUAUUCUUCACUCACAACUCAGGUAUCUGGAAUCUCCAUUCUCAAGAAGUGCUUUCGCUGGGUACACCUCCGUUGCAGCCCGUACGCUGUUGCCUGGCUAAAGAGGGGUGCCUUUGGGUGGGAUACUGGAAUAAAGUUAACAUGAUCAAUGUGAAACAACGGAAAAUAGAGAAAUCUUUCACGGUUUCAGAGCGAAGUGAGCAGCAGGUGCGUUUCCUUUGCGCAGCAGGAAGUGGAGUUUGGGCUUCCUGCCGGUUGGAUCCCAUCCUUAGGCUUUUUGAUUGGACGACCGGUCGGCCAUUACAGGAAGUUGAUUUAUCGUUCAUGGUGACUAAAGCUUUAGGGUCUGCGUACCUGUCUCUCUCUACUCUUCAGAUCACAGCUUUAUCUGUGGUCAGUGGACGGCUGUGGGUGGGCACAGGAAGUGGUGCUAUUUUCUCAAUCCCCCUAUCACUAAGUUCAGAGUCCUGCUCUAUACCGUACUGCUCUCUGGCUUUGGCUCAGCUGUGUUUUCACGGCCACCGUCAAGCAGUUAAAUUCAUUAUUUCUGCACCAGGUUGCAGCAAUUCUUCAAAUUCAGCAGAUGGCGCUGUUACUACCUCUCAGCUCAUUCUCAGUGGAGGGGAAGGAUACAUUAAUUUCCGUAUUGGAGAUGAUGGUAGUGAUGGUCCCAGCGAGUGUGUCCCACAGAGAUCCGAGCGAAGCCACAUGAUUAUUUGGCAGAGCCCCAUCCCCUCCGUUCCAAGCUCCGUCCUUUAAAAACACAAAAACUCUUUCUUUUACCAUUGUGAGGAUGUGAAUGAACACUACAUACAAUGGAUUAGUGUUCUUGUCUUAUUGGUGCUUAUAAAUGUAUUCAGGGACACAGAAACAAUCAACGUAAUUUUACUUGUUUUGCAGUGAACUUUUGGUGUAGGACUGUGUCCUGUUUUAUGACCUGUUGAAUGGCUUUACUCCUGCUUGCCUUAUUGUGUUUCCAAAUCAAGUCUGGCCGGUGUUUUACUUUGUUUUGUUGCACAGUCAUCCUAAAUACUGGAACAGGAGAAAGCUUUAUUUAUAUUAUAUGGAGAGUGACGUAUUUAGACCGGAAGUAUUUUCAUGACAAAUACAAACAUCCAGUCUUGGAAUCUCUUGUGGCAGCCUGUUGUCAUGACAGGAAACUGACAAAGACUGACACACUACUUGCAUUUUGGGAUACAGAUCUCUCCCGUUUAUUGUUUUGUUUGAGAACAAUGUAUUACAAUGUUAUGGUAAUAUUCUAUUUUCGAUUUGAUUGUUUGUUGUUUCCUAAGUUAUAAUUGAGGGUUCGGUUAAGCGGAUUUGGCUAUAAUGCAGUAUUUUGUGAGGGAGGGAACAUGUGGCUUUACCAAUUUAUAUGAGACCGGACAAAACCAUCCGAACUGGAAAAUCUAAUGCGUUUGCUAUUGAAAUAUGACAUGUGUACAUUUGAUAAUAUAUAUAUAUAUAUAUAUAUACAUAUAUAUAUAUUGAUUCUCUGUUAUUUCUCUAUAUUAUACUAUGUGAUGAGUUUUGGGUCAAGUGUUUCAGUAUUGUUAAAAUAAAGCACCAAAGAGACA